AAUAUUCUAAAAUAAUUAUCUAAAGUUAUAUUAAAUAACUACUUUUAAAAGCUGUUUGCUUAAUUAUUAAAUUAUAAUGAUUUUAAAAACAUAUUUGUUGUGUUUAUUAGUACUAACGAUAUGUUUAAUAGUGUGUUGUGUUUGCGAUGGGAAUAGUAUUGAUGUGAACACGAGUUCGGGUUCAGUGAGGGGUCAGACACUCCAUGUCUUGAAUCACAAAAUACAUCAAUUCUUGAAUAUACCCUACGCUGAGCCCCCGUUAGGCCCACUCAGGUUCGCCCCUCCCUUACCACUCAAAGCACCAAAACAGGAUGUGAUUGAUGGGACAGUUGACGGAAACUCAUGCAUACAAACCGUAAACCCUAUGCUUGAAGCACUGGUAGGCAAACUAACCAUCAGCGAAGACUGUCUGACUUUAGGCGUAUGGACACAAACCACGGGCACAGAUAUACCGAGCGAUCAAUUAAAACCGGUCAUGUUUUAUAUACACGGAGGAGCGCUGUCUAUGGGUUCGCUGUAUCAAAAAAUGUACAAUGGCAGUAUUUUGCCCAUUUACGAUGUGGUGGUUGUGUCCGUGAACUACCGGUUGGGACAGUUGGGCUUUCUAUACGGCGCCAACGAGACUGCGCCCGGAAAUGCGGGCUUUUAUGACCAGUUAUUGGCUUUAAAAUGGGUCAGAGAUAACAUCCACUCAUUUGGCGGAGAUAGGGAUCGGAUCACCAUUUUUGGUGAGAGUGCCGGCGCGUGGUCUCUAUCCGCACACCUGUUGUCACCUUUAAGUAAAGGCCUAUUCAAGAGAGCUAUUAUACAGAGCGGAACCCUUAUGUUCAAUAAGGAUCGGCCGGUUUUGGGUACUGUCGACGGGUUGGCGAAGGCCAAAGAGACGGCCCGUAGGGUUGGCUGCGAUCCAUACGACUAUAAAUGGUUGGACUGUUUGCGGGCAAUAGAGGACCCGAACCUAAUUCUGGAUACGGCCGAUGCGGGCGAAGCCUUUAUCAUCUCUUUCCCGGUGUUUGGCACAGAAUUUCUACCAAUUUUACCCCAAAAGGCAUUGGAAAGUGGAAAAUAUAAUUCGGAUGUCCAUAUAAUGGCUGGUCUGACCAGAGACGAGGGCCAUAUGUUGGCCGUCGCUCUUUACCCUCAACUGAGAGCUCAAAAUUUUGAUGUAAACGCAUUCAAACAAUUAGUGUCCGCUUUAAAUCCCGUCUACCAUAACAUUGAUCCGGACAAAGUGGUCGCACACUAUCUGCGAGAUAUAGACACCGGGAAUCCCGGAGCUCUGAUCCGGGCUUUUGGCAGACUUUACGGCGAUUUACUGCUCGACUGUCCGACGUAUCUGUUCGCCAAACGCUGGGCCGUUAGGUCAGAAAAUGCGGUAUAUUUUUAUCGGUUUAGCUUUCAAUCGCGUGGAUUUGAAAUGUUUGGUUGCGAUGACAACACCAUAUGUCACGGCGCUGACAUUACGUACGUUUUCGGGGAACCCGUGCGGACGGCCACCGCUUUCCGCGAAAUUGAUUACGAUUUCAGUUUAGAUGUUAUGAAGAUAUGGACUAAUUUUGCUAAAAAUAUUAAACCACAUGACGUUUGGCCACAACUUUGGGACAAAUCUGUGAUACGAGUGAAAGACUUGAAUCCCAACGAUAUGUCACAUAUUCUCGACAAUCCAUAUGAGAGUACAUGUGAUGGCAUUUGGAGCCAAUAUUUUUGAUUUGCUUUUUUAUUAUUUCAAUUUUUAUUGUUUUUACUAUGUAACAUAG